GCGGCGUGGUGGAGUAUGCUUGAAGUGAAAAACUAAACCCAGACCCCCUCCCCCUUCUCCCUCCACCUCCGUCCACCUCCUCCUCUGUUUCCACCUAUAUUGUUUUUCGGAGCGCUUUUGGGGGUAUUUGGUGCAUCGGGGGAGAAGCGCGAGCAGAAAUCGGGAUCGCAAAAGUUAUUGAGAGGAGAUAUUGCGGCGCGCGCAUCCGCCUGAGCAUGGCGGCGCACAAGCCCGUGGAAUGGGUCCAGGCCAUAAUUAAUAGAUUCGACGAACAGCUCCCUAUUAAAACAGGACAACAGAGCACCCACACCAAAGUGAGCACAGAGCACAACAAAGAAUGUCUGAUAAACAUCUCCAAGUACAAAUUUGCCCUUGUCAUCAAUGGCCUGACCAACAUACUCAAAAAUGUGAACAAUAUGCGAAUCUUCGGCGAUGCUGCCGAGAAGAACCUCUACCUCUCCCAGCUGAUUAUUCUGGACACACUGGAGAAGUGUCUGGCAGGGCAACCCAAGGACUGUCUGAGGCUGGAUGAGGCCAUGUUGGUAAAGCAGUUGCUGCCUGAGAUCUGUCACUUCCUGCACUCAUACCGCGAGGGCCAGCAGCACGCAGCUCAGCUACGCAGCUCGGCCUCCGCCGUGCUUUUCUCCCUCAGUUGCAACAACUUCAAUGCCGUCUUCAGCCGUAUCUCCACCAGAUUGCAGGAACUCACAGUCUGUACAGAGGACACAGUGGAUGUCCACGACAUUGAACUCAUACAGUAUAUCAAUGUAGACUGCUCUAAAUUAAAGCGACUGCUACAAGAAACAGUACUCAAAUUCAGAUCUUUGAAAAAGCCUGCACAGCUUGCAGUAAUCAGCAGUUUGGAAAAGGCCUUCUGGAACUGGGUGGAACACUACCCUGAUGAGUUCACCAUGCUCUAUCAGAGACCCCAGGCAGACAUGGCCGACUGUGCAGAAAAGCUGUUUGACCUGGUGGACAGCUUCGCAGAAAGUGCGAAGAGGAAGGCUGCUGUGUGGCCUCUACAGAUCAUCCUACUUAUCCUCUGUCCAGAGAUCACUCAGAGCAUCACCAAAGAAGUGGGGGGAGAGGAGAAAGCCAACAAGAAGUCCUUUGUGGACAGUCUGCGGAAGGCUCUGGGACAGCACAGCGGCAGCAGACAGUUGACCGAAAGUGCAGCCUUCGCUUGCGUGAAACUGUGCAAAGCCUGCACUUACAUCAAUUGGGAGGACAAUUCAGUCAUCUUUCUCCUAGUUCAGUCCAUUGUCAUGGACCUUAAGGGUCUCCUGUUUAACCCAACUAAGCCGUUCUCGAGGGGUGCGGGCUGUCAGAGUGCCGAUGUGGAUCUGAUGAUCGACUGCUUUGUAUCGUGUUAUCGUAUUAAUCCUCGUAACAACCAGCACUUUAAGGUAUGUUUGGCCUCAACAUCUCCUCCUACCUUCCAUUUCGUCCUGGUGAACUCCCUGCACAAAAUUAUCACUAAUUCUGACUUGGACUGGUGGCCGAAGAUUGACGCCAUCUACUGUUACUCAGGAGAACUGCGCACUAUGUUUUCUGACACACUUGGCAGAGUGAUUCAGAGUCUCAGUGCACAUCCACCCCUGAGGAUGACAUCAAGCCUGACUUUCAAGGAGAAAAUGACGACCAGUUUAAAGUUCAAAGAGAAGUCAACAGAUCUUGACUCACGUUCCCUGCUGCUGGCACUGGUCAAACUCAUUCAUGCUGACCCCAAACUAAUGCUGCAUAAUCCAGGGAAACCAGGUCAGGAAAUCCAGAACAGCACAGCUGAGCUCAUCAAAGGUCUGGUCCAGCUGGUUCCUCUCACACACAGCACAGAGCUCUCACAGGAAGCCAUGGAGGCGCUUUUGGUGCUACAUCAACCAGAAACCAUUGAGCAGUGGAACCCUGAUGCAGCUAUCGAAACAUUCUGGGACAUCAGCUCUCAGGUGUUAUUCUUGAUCUGCAAGAAGCUGAUUGGCCAUCCAAUGAUCAACAGUACAGAGAUACUGAAGUGGCUCAGGGAGAUUCUCCUAUGCAGGAACAAGUUCCUACUCAAGAACAAGGAGUUUGCUACACAGGGCAGUCUCAUCCCCAUCAGUAGACAGGCUCAGACUAAACUGGAGGUGUGUCUGUACACCUUCCUGUGGAGUCCUGACGCUGAGGCUGUGCUGGUGGCCAUGUCCUGCUUUCGCCAUCUCUGUGAGGAGGCAGACAUCCGCUGCACUGUGGAUGAACUGCCCAUGCAUACUGUUCUGCCCAACUACAACACCUUCAUGGAGCUUGCGUCUGUCAGCAAUAUGAUGGCUACAGGCAGAAAUACCCUUCAGAAGAGAGUGAUGGCCCUGUUGAGGAGGAUAAAACACUCUACAGCUGGAAACGUAGAGGCAUGGGAAGACACGUAUGCAAAAUGGGAGCAAGCCACUAAACAGAUACUCAACCACCCAAAAAACAAAGUUGAAGAUGGACAGGAGUGGAUCAACAUGACUGGUUUCUUGUGCGCUCUGGGAGGAGUUUGUCUCCAGCAGCGUAGUACAUCCAGCCUGGGCACCUAUAGUCCACCCAUGGGCCCUUUGACCGAACGCAAGGGCUCCAUGAUAUCCAUGGGCUCCUGCGAUGUGAACAGCGAGACAUCUCUCAACAGGUUUAUAGAGCGUCUACUGGCUCUAAUGGUCUGUACGCAUGAGAAGGUGGGCGUACAGAUUCGCACCAAUGUCAAAGACCUGGUGGGAUUGGAGCUCAGUCCAGCUCUGUACCCCAUGCUCUUCACCAAGCUACGCAACAGCAUCGGACGUUUUUUUGACACCCAGGGCCUGGUUCCCAUUACAGACACUAACACACUGUUUGUAGAGCAGACCAUCGCCAUUAUGAAGAACCUGCUAGAUAGUCAUACUGAAGGAAGCUCUGAGCAUCUUGGCCAGGCUAGCAUUGAGACCAUGAUGCUCAACUUGGUCAGGUAUGUGCGUAUUUUAGGAAAUGCGGUUCACGCCAUUCAGAUCAAAACUAAGCUGUGUCAGCUAGUGGAGGUGAUGAUGGAACGCAGGGAUGACCUCUCCUUCUGCCAAGAGAUGAAGUUCAGAAAUAAAAUGGUGGAGUACCUCACUGACUGGGUGAUGGGAACCUCCAAUCAAGCAGCAGAUGAUGACAUUAAAUGUCUCACCCGGGAUCUGGAUCAGGCGAGUAUGGAGGCAGUGGUCUCUUUGUUAGCUGGUCUUCCUCUGCAGCCUGAGGAGGGUGAUGGUGUGGAGCUCAUGGAGGCCAAGUCUCAGCUCUUCCUCAAGUACUUCACUUUGUUCAUGAACCUCUUGAAUGACUGCAGUGAGGUUGAAGAGGAUGGGCAGCAAGUGGCAGGGAGAAAGCGUGGCAUGUCAAGACGACUGGCGUCUCUACGGCACUGUACAGUGUUGGCCAUGUCCAACCUGCUCAACGCUAAUGUGGACAGCGGCCUCAUGCACUCUAUUGGUCUUGGGUAUCAUAAGGACCUGCAAACGCGGGCCACAUUCAUGGAGGUGCUCACUAAGAUCCUUCAGCAGGGGACGGAGUUCGACACUUUAGCAGAGACCGUGCUGGCUGACCGCUUUGAAAGACUGGUUGAGCUGGUCACCAUGAUGGGAGACCAGGGGGAGCUGCCCAUCGCCAUGGCACUUGCCAAUGUAGUGCCCUGUUCCCAAUGGGAUGAGCUGGCCAGGGUGUUGGUGACACUGUUUGACUCUCGACACCUGCUGUAUCAACUGCUGUGGAACAUGUUCUCAAAAGAGGUGGAGCUGGCCGACUCCAUGCAGACCCUCUUCAGAGGCAACAGCCUUGCCAGCAAGAUCAUGACAUUUUGUUUUAAGGUAUAUGGUGCUGCUUAUCUGCUGAAACUUCUGGAACCGCUCUUGAGAGGAAUAAUCACCACACCAGAAUGGCAGCAAAUUAGUUUUGAAGUGGACCCCACCAGGCUAGAACAAGCAGAGAACCUGGAAGAGAACCAGAAGAACCUGUUGCAGAUCACAGACCGCUUCUUUCUGGCCAUCGUCAACUCUUCCAGCGAGUUUCCUCCUCAGCUACGCAGCGUGUGCCACUGUCUGUAUCAGGCUACUUGCCACUCCCUUCUGAAUAAAGCCACUGUAAAAGACAAAAAGGAAAACAAAAAAUCCGUGGUCAGCCAGCGGUUUCCUCAGAACAGUAUUGGUGCUGUAGGAAGUGCCAUGUUCUUGCGCUUCAUUAACCCCGCUAUAGUUUCACCAUAUGAGGCAGGCAUACUGGACAAGAAGCCUGCGCCUCGGAUUGAGCGUGGCCUCAAACUCAUGUCGAAGAUUCUCCAGAGCAUUGCUAAUCAUGUCCUAUUCACAAAAGAGGAGCACAUGCGGCCCUUUAAUGAUUUUGUAAAAAGCAACUUUGAUGCAGCCAGAAGGUUCUUCCUGGAUAUUGCAUCUGACUCUCCUCCGAGUGACUCGGUUAACCACAGCCUGUCAUUCAUAAGUGACGGCAAUGUGCUUGCUCUGCACCGCCUGUUAUGGAACAACCAGGAGAGAAUCGGCCAGUACCUGUCCAGUAACAGGGACCACAAGGCAGUGGGCCGUAGACCAUUUGACAAGAUGGCUACCCUUCUGGCAUAUCUGGGCCCUCCUGAACAUAAACCAGUGGCUGAUACUCACUGGUCCAGCCUUAACCUCACCAGCUCAAAGUUUGAGGAGUUUAUGACAAGGCAUCAAGUCCAUGAAAAAGAAGAAUUCAAAGCAUUAAAGACGCUCAACAUUUUUUACCAAGCUGGCACAUCUAAGAAUGGCAAUCCUGUUUUUUAUUACAUUGCCCGCAGGUUCAAAACUGGACAAAUCAAUGGCGAUCUUCUAAUCUACCAUGUGCUGCUGACUCUCAAGCCUUACUAUGCCAAGCAAUACGAGAUCGUAGUAGACCUCACCCAUGUGGGCCCCAGUAACCGCUUCAAGACAGACUUCUUGUCCAAAUGGUUUGUGGUCUUUCCCAACUUCGCCUAUGAGAACGUGGCUGCCGUCUAUAUCUACAAUUGCAACACCUGGGUGCGAGAGUACACUAAAUACCAUGAGCGACUUCUGACUGGUCUUAAGGGGAGCAAGAAGCUGCUGUUUAUAGACUCGCCAGCACGUCUAGCUGAACACAUAGAACCUGAACAGCAGAAGCUUCCCGCUGCUACCCUGGCGCUGGAGGAGGACUUAAAAGUGUUCCACAAUGCCCUAAAGCUGGCACACAAAGAUACAAAGGUGUCGAUCAAGGUGGGCUCAACAGCCGUACAGGUGACCUCAGCCGAACGGACACGUGUCCUGGGACAACCUGUUUUCCUGAACGACAUAUACUACGCUUCAGAGAUCGAAGAGAUAUGCCUGGUGGAUGAGAACCAGUUCACUCUGACCAUCGCUAACCAGGGCACCCCUCUAACAUUCAUGCAUCAGGAAUGCGAAGCCAUCGUCCAGUCCAUUAUACAUAUCCGCACACGCUGGGAGCUCUCCCAGCCAGACUCCAUCCCUCAGCACACCAAGAUCAGGCCUAAAGAUGUUCCAGGCACCUUGCUUAACAUCGCCCUACUAAACCUGGGAAGCUCAGACCCAAGUUUGAGAUCAGCUGCAUACAAUCUCCUCUGUGCCUUAACCUGCACCUUUAACCUGAAGAUUGAAGGUCAGCUCCUGGAAACAUCUGGCUUGUGCAUCCCAGCCAACAACACCCUUUUUAUAGUGUCCAUUAGCAAAACACUAGCAGCCAAUGAACCCCAUCUCACUCUAGAGUUUCUGGAAGAGUGCAUCUCUGGCUUCAGCAAAUCAAGUAUUGAGCUAAAGCACCUGUGUUUGGAGUAUAUGACUCCUUGGCUGCGUAAUUUAGUGCGCUUCUGUAAACACAACGAUGAUGCUAAACGACAGCGUGUCACGGCUAUCCUGGACAAGCUCAUCACUAUGACCAUCAAUGAGAAACAGAUGUACCCCUCCAUACAGGCAAAGAUAUGGGGCAGCUUGGGACAGAUAACAGACUUGCUUGACGUGGUGUUGGAUAGCUUCAUAAAGACCAGUGCUACUGGGGGUUUGGGAUCCAUCAAGGCUGAAGUGAUGGCUGACACAGCUGUAGCUCUGGCUUCAGGAAAUGUCAAGCUGGUGUCCAGCAAGGUGAUUGGCCGAAUGUGUAAGAUCAUUGAUAAGACGUGCCUGUCACCAACCCCCACCCUGGAGCAGCACCUGAUGUGGGACGACAUCGCCAUCCUGGCACGUUAUAUGCUCAUGCUGUCCUUCAACAACUCCCUAGAUGUGGCUGCUCAUCUACCCUACUUGUUCCACGUCGUCACCCUGCUGGUGGCCACUGGCCCGUUGUCCCUCAGAGCAUCAACACAUGGCCUAGUUAUUAACAUCAUCCACUCACUCUGCACCUGCUCACAACUUAACUUCAGUGAGGAAACUAAACAGGUGCUGCGACUGAGCCUCACUGAAUUCUCGCUGCCCAAAUUCUACCUGCUGUUUGGCAUCAGUAAGGUGAAGUCUGCAGCAGUCAUUGCCUUCCGCUCUAGCUACAGAGACCGCUCCUUCUCUCCCGGCUCCUACGAAAGAGAGACCUUUGCCCUGUCCUCACUGGAAACAGUAACAGAGGCCCUGCUGGAGAUCAUGGAGGCUUGUAUGAGGGACAUUCCUGGAUGCAGAUGGCUGGAUCAGUGGACUGAAUUAGCUCAAAAGUUUGCCUUCCAAUACAAUCCGUCUCUUCAGCCACGGGCUCUAGUGGUGUUCGGCUGCAUCAGUAAACGUGUGACUCAUGGACAGCUCAAACAGAUUAUUCGUAUUCUCAGCAAAGCCAGUCCUCUGCUUAGCAUUGACCGGGGGCUGGAGAGCUGCUUAAAGGGGCCGGAUAAUUACAACAGCCAAGUUCUCAUUGAGGCCACCGUCAUCGCACUUACCAAACUACAGCCUCUGCUUGAUCAGGAUUCACCCAUGCAUAAAGCUCUGUUCUGGGUGGCCGUGGCUGUGCUUCAGUUGGAUGAAGUGAAUCUGUACUCUGCCGGUACUGCCCUACUGGAGCAGAACCUGCACACGCUGGACAGCCUCCGAGUGUUUUAUGAUAAGAGUCCUGAGGAGGUUUUCAUGGAGAUACGUAAGCCUCUGGAAUGGCACUGUAAACAAAUGGACCAUUUUGUAGGACUCAACUUUUCCUCCAACUUCAACUUUGCAUUAGUGGGGCACUUGCUCAAAGGAUACAGACAUCCCUCUUCCACCACGGUGGCCAGAACUGUUCGCAUCCUGCAUACGCUUCUGGGUUUGGUGGGGAAACACCGCAGUUGUGACAAGUUUGAGGUGAACACACAAAGUGUGGCCUAUCUGGCAGCUUUGCUCACAGUAUCUGAGGAAGUCAGGAGCCGCUGCAGUCUAAAGCACAGGAAGUCAUUAUUGCUUUCGGAUGUUACCAUGGAGAACUUCCCUAUGGACUCCUACUCAGUGUACGACACCGAGGCUGAAUGCAGGCCCUGGGCUUCUCCUAAAGUGUCAGAGCACAGCCUUGCACCACCAUACUCUGCCAUGGGCCAGACCAGCCUUCGCCCACGCAAGUCCAUGAGUGUGGACAUGGGCCAACCGUCACAGGCCAACACAAAGAAAUUAUUGGGCACCAGAAAGAGUUUUGAUCAUCUAAUAUCUGACUCAAAAGCCCCAAAGAGGCCGGAUAUGGAAUCAGGCAUCACUACUCCUCCAAAGAUGAGGCGGGUUUCUGAAAAUGACUAUGAGAUCGAAACACAACGAAUAGCCAACUCACACUUACGCAAAGUGUCCGUGUCUGAAUCAAAUGUUCUUCUGGAUGAGCAAGUUCUCACAGACCCAAAGAUCCAGACUCUGCUCCUCACUGUGCUGGCGACGCUGGUGAAAUACACUACCGAUGAGUUUCAUCAGCGAAUCCUGUACGAGUAUUUGGCUGAGGCCAGUGUGGUCUUCCCCAAGGUCUUUCCUGUAGUUCAUAACCUGCUGGACUCCAAGAUCAGUACCGUCCUCUCCAUGUGCCAGGACCCCAACCUCCUGAAUCCCAUUCACGGCAUCAUUCAGAACGUUGUGUAUCAUGAGGAGUCUCCUCCACAGUACCAGCCAUCCUGCUUACAGAGCUUCGGUUUCAAUGGACUCUGGAGGUUUGCCGGGCCCUUCUCUAAGCAAGCCCAAAUUCCAGACUAUGCUGAACUUGUUGUCAAGUUUCUGGAUGCUUUGAUUGACACCUACCUUCCCGGGAUAGAGGAAGAAGGGGGGGAGGAGUCACUGCGCACGCCCACCUCUCCAUAUCCCCCCACCGUCCAGAGCCAGCUCAGCAUCACAGCCAAUCUCAACCUGUCCAACUCCAUGACAUCACUCGCCACUUCACAGCACUCACCAGAGGGCCCUAUAGUUUAUAGACGGUCCCCAACUCUCUCCCAUCCACGAACCACAGAGGAGGUGCCACCGAAAACAGCUGCUGCACGUUGCCUAAACAGCUGGAUUUGUGCUCACUGCCCCCUUCUGUCUGGGACUCACGACCAUGAAUAUGGCAUUGACAAGGAGAAUGUCGAGAUUUCUUCCACCUCAAGUCUCUCCACCAGCGGGCGAGCACGGCAUGGAUCAGCUAGUCAGGUACAGAAACAGCGCAGUGCAGGCAGCUUCAAACGGCCAAGCAUCAAAAAGAUCGUCUGAUAAGAUUUGAGGCGUUUGUACUCGCUCUAUGGCCAUCGUACUUCUCCACGAAUCAUUUUUGUUUUCUGCCAUCCAGUUUAAAAAGGUUCCUGCAUCAAAGAACCGCUUGAGUUAGGUUUUUGUUUAAAGAAAACAAUGAAGAUGCCAAUUAAACUGAAGCUUGCCUGAAUACACAGUGAGCGGUUUGAGUUUUUUCGGAGAUUGCACUGAAACUCUUCAUUGCUCUCAACAUCGUCAAGAUUACACAUGUUCUGGGACCGGCCACAUUUAAAUGCUAGAUUUGACGCACGUGCACAUCUGUCCAACGCAAGCUCUCAAACCAUUUGUAAAGUGCACCAGGAGGCGUCCACUCUUCAUCUUGCAACUUGCACAAACUGAGAUUGUCCUCAUUGAUGUUUAAAGGAAACGCAUGAAUGAGAAACAAAUUUAAUCAACCACUACAGCAAAGGAUGAAUAAUACUAACUGUGUGGAGACUUUCAGCCUCAUCAUUCUGGACUUUUCCAUUUAGUCCUGGAUCUACUCUUGGGAUGGACUCGCAGCCUGUCCAUAGACAACCUUAUAUCCACAGGCUUGAAUUCUGGAUUGUGAUCCAAAGUCGGUGCGAUCCCAACCAGGUGUAUACAUGGAAAGAUUAUAUGUGUACUAUACUAUUGACGAUAAUAACGAUCACAUAUUUUGGGUUCUUAUUUUAUCCAUUGUGUGCCUUUGUCAGGGUUUUCAGCUGUGUAUAGUUUGUAAAAUAGGCAAGACCUUGCUAAGGAAGGGAAAAACAGGUACUAAUUAUUAAAAACCGUGUUGCGGCUUUAACAUAUUCCAUAUGUCCAAAUGUUGCUACAGUGUAAACGGUACCAUGUGACCAUCAAAUACAACUAUCAUAUUGCAGCAUCUAAAUAUUUAUUCUGUAAAUGUAGAUAAUCCUUUCAAAGGUCACAUGCAGUUAUUGCUUUGCGAUCGUUGUUAUAAUCAUCAGAAGUCGUCAAAACAAGAUUAUAGAAGAGCAAAGAUGAGUCUGUGUAGUAUUCUGUCCUGUUUUCAUUAUGGAAAUUAUGCUUUGUUUACAAUUGGAUGAUGUAAUGGGGAUGAGAGAGUGCCAAUCGGUGACAUUUCCAAAAUGCAUCAAACACAACAAAUUGGCAUUUAAAUGAACAGGUUUUAGCGUCUCACAGUGGUGCAAUAUGUUUUGUUUUGUUGAACACUAUUUGUGUGUACAAAUUGCACAUCAUUAAAGUGUGUUGACACUUUUACCUUCCCCUGUAUCCAUCUCACUAAAGUCUCAGAUAAGCAGUGACACAAGAGUCCAAAUCCCAGUAGUAACAUUGCACCAAAGACUAGUCUGCAAUAUUGCAAGGGGAAACUGUUGUAAACUCAAUUUUUGUAUAUUUUUAUGUCUGUCAUGUAUGUUGUAUGCCUUUAAAUAAUAAUUUCUUCCAUACAGUUAUCACAUAGCUUUGUAACAAAGGAUUCAACAUUUAACUUUCACCCAGAAACUAACCAGUUCUUGAGAAUGAGAGGUGAGAUAUACCUUCAGUGCGAAAUUAAACAAAAAUGUGCCAUUUCAGUUUCAAUUAAAAUGCCAUUAACAGGGCUUCACGAUGUACUAGAUGCACAAUGGCCGUGACAAUAUAAGUGGGAUUUUUGUGUGCAAUAUUUGUUUUCUGCAUCGGUUGUCCUUACUUGACCAGCUAAUCUUGUCAAAACUAAAAGGAAAAAAUGGUAGUGUACCUUGAAACAAAUGGAUUCAUGUUUCUCGGUUUCAUUUAAAUUUAGGUUUGUUUGUUUUUUGAGGGGAAGUAUUGUAAAUGUUGUUUUUUUUUUUUUUUUUUUGCUCCAUGUAAAGAUGCUUAUUAAAGGGAAAUGUGUCUAACUAAAAAAGGGUACCUACCAAACGUAUGAGAACAGACUAUUUAUGCGUACGUUUUAGUUGUAUAUUUCCGAAAGAUUGGUGCAUUCAGAUCUGUGAGUACCAGAAGUAUCAGGAUUGGGACCAAAUCAGUGUCUUUUCUGUUUCAUUUGUGGAUUUAUUUUACAUUUUUGUAUUACUAUCUUACUAUCUUGUAGAUCCAAAAAACAUGUUUAUACUGACUUACGUAUGGUCAUUGUAGAGCACUAAAUAUUACAGUGAAAUAUAAUCCCAACAGGAGAUUUCAGAUCGCCGUGUGUUUUUGUUACGAUCAAACACAAAUUUUGAAUGGUAUUGAAAUGUUUAUUUCUGCUUUACAUGUUGUAAUGGUGAAUUUAACACCAAUCCAUGUCAAACCCACAGGUGUGUUUUCAAUUCUGAUUGAAAAUAUGAAGGAAAAUCAAUGACCCAAUUGAGUGUUUGAAAUGUAUGUUUGUGUGUGUGUGUGUGUGUGUGUCUAUUACUCCUCUCUCUUGAAUUAUAGAUGUUACAUUGCUAAUACCAAUCUAAAACUGACCAAUCAGAUGUGUCCUUGGGAUGUCUGAUAUUUCAAUACUUUAAGAUGAUAAUGAAGACACAAUCUUGGCUGCUGUGGCAGCAGUUAGACAUAUGACAUGCCCCCAAUCCUUUUCAAUUGCAUAUGUAAAAUUAUAUUGUCUCGUGUAUUCAUCCUAAACAGACUUGUUUGUUUGUCUAAUGCAUUUGCCUCAUUUUUAAUUGCAUUGGUCAUCUGUAAACAAUAUAUCUGUCACCUGUAAAUAUGUUUGUGUAAAAUUGGAAGGUAUAUAAAUACAAGUGUAAAUAUAAGUGAUAUUGUAUUACUUGCUUUUUUUGUAAAGCGGUUAGUUGCUGUACAUGUAUAACAUGGCAAUUUAAUUAUACCAGUGUUCGUAAUAAAAGUUUCCCUCAACGCUGUUA